GUGCUGGCAGAAUUCAUCAGCCUCAACACGCAGUAAAAAAACACGGGAAAACCAAAGCCAUGACUGAGAAUGGUUUGUUUGGGUUCUGUCUGCUGGUGGUUUGUUUCCUGCUCCAGCCCGGACUGGCUCAGGUUCCUGAGCAGGUUCCUGAGCCAGCGCAGUGCCUCGUCUCCAGGAUGUACAGUCUGACCCGGCUGCCGGAGAGUAAAGAUGACCACAGCUGCUAUAAUGAUUGCUUAGAAGAACCUGACUGCCACAUGGCCGUGGUGACACAAACGGUCAGCAGCCCAUCUGAGUGUCUGCUGGUCAACUGUCUGAACCAGGGUCAACACUCGUAUCCCCGAGAUCCCAGCGCAAAGAUCAGCGUCUACCCCAAGAGCACACUUAACAGUGAACAAAGAGGUCAUGCAGUUGAUGAUGAGACAGGUCGAUGCUACGACAUCAUGACUUACAGCAGCUGCCAGUCGGGGAUUCCCAAAUUCUUCUACAAAAGCACCAGUUACAGGUGUGAGCAGUUCUACACUGGCUGUGGGUCCAACAGGAACACAUUCAAUACCCAGGAGGCCUGUGAGGCCCUCUGCAGUCAGAAGUUCCUUUGUUAUCGGCCAAUGGAGCACGGUCAGCCACCCCCCAUUCGCUUCACCGAUGUCUUAAGAUACGAUGGCAGCAAUCACAACGAUGGCAGCAAUCACAACAGGAUCUUCUACAACGUGUCGAGUUCCAGGUGUGAAGGAUUUCACUUCAGAGGCAGUGUGUCUAAUGGGAACAUCUUUAACACUGUGGAGGAGUGUGAAAGACUCUGUGCUGGUGUUAAAGAUCUGACAGUGGUUGCUCCUACAGAGGGGACAGUUCCUAUGACCAUUCAACCUGCUGCGGACUCAGAUUCGACAGCGGCUGCUCCUACAGAGGGGACAGCAGACACUACAGUGGCUGCUCCUUCGGACGGGACAGAUGUUGCAGCUCCUGUAACCAGUUCCAUAUCAGUGGUCUUCCUCAGUGUUUUUCUGGUCAUUUCGCUGCUGCUGACCAUAGUUGCCAUCACCAUGCAGUGCGGCAGACUGUUCCCCCAUUCUCCUGACAGAUACCAGAGGCUGGCAGAUGCAGAUCCAGCUCAGUAAUCUUUGGUGGAGUCGGCGUCUGUUGAGGGGAUCUCAUCGAGUCCUCGACCACAGACAGCUUCAAGGGAUUGGGUGGGCCUUUAGACGGCACCUCUGCUGAUGUCCUCUCACUGUUUGUCACUGAAUCACUGUAAAAAUCAACACUUUUGAUUAAAUUUAAACGUGCAUAAUUGACCCUGUGCUAAGCCCCGCCCCUUUGUGAUGGUCCAUCAAGCUGUUGGAGCGAGCAGGGAGCCCACACUGUCUCUAACUGCACUCCCAGAAGAAAUACUGUCACAGUUUUUGGGAAAACGGAAAGGUGAUUCCAGAGAGCAGCACACAGAGGGGUCUACAACAUGUGUUUGACAGACUGUUUAUUCUUUAUUUCCUUAUUUAGUAAUCAUUUUUCAGUAUCAUGUGACUCUGCUUUUUGGGUAAAAUUCAGGAAUUUCCUUCCUUUAUGUCGUUUUUUUUUUUGUGUUUAGUUUGUGUGUGGGUGAAGCUGCUGUUUGAGACGUCAGAGGAAGAAUCAUGUUUUCACAGCUGAUUUACUGAAUUAUUCUCCAUGUUUUGAUUUAGUUUGAACUUCUGAAUUGUCUUCAUGGUAAAGUUGUUACAGUGCCAACUGGUGUCUGCAUCAAAAUU